AAUCACCGCGGAGGAAGAUCCGCCGGCCCCGCCCCCGCCCCGCCGCCGGUCGCGCGCAGCUCGCGCCUGAGGAACUGCGGCUGCGGUUCCAAGCGGUCUCUGGGGCUGUUUCCAUUGAAUGACCAGGAAGGCUCUCAGUGCAAAGCGUCCCUGCAGACCUGCUUCCACGUAAAGGGACCUUCGGGAAAUUUCGCUGGACACCGCUGGCAUUGACAAACCCAGCGUCCCUGGCUGGGCCUUGUGAGGUUUUCAGGCAGGUUGAUUUCGCGGCGACAUGUCUGCUUCAGUGAAAGAAAGCCUUCAGCUUCAGCUACUGGAGAUGGAAAUGCUGUUUUCUAUGUUUCCUAACCAAGGAGAAGUAAAACUUGAAGAUGUAAAUGCCCUGACAAAUAUCAAGAGGUAUUUGGAAGGCACAAGGGAGGCGCUGCCACCAAAAAUCGAAUUUGUAAUUACACUCCAGAUUGAGGAGCCCAAGGUGAAAAUUGAUUUGCAAGUGACCAUGCCUCACAGCUACCCCUAUGUAGCAUUGCAGCUGUUUGGACGGUCAUCUGAACUUGACAGACAUCAGCAGCUACUUCUCAACAAAGAUCUCACUUCUUACAUAGGGACUUUUGAUCCAGGUGAGCUCUGUAUAUGUGCAGCAAUCCAGUGGCUACAGGACAACAGUGCAUCCUAUUUCCUGAAUAGAAAGCUUGUGUAUGAACCAUCUACACAAGCAAAGCCAGUCAAGAACACAUUCCUCCGAAUGUGGAUCUACAGUCACCAUAUAUAUCAGCAGGACCUAAGGAAAAAGAUUUUGGAUGUUGGGAAAAGGUUAGAUGUGACUGGAUUUUGCAUGACAGGAAAGCCUGGUAUAAUCUGUGUGGAGGGUUUUAAAGAGCACUGUGAGGAGUUCUGGCAUACAAUUAGGUACCCCAAUUGGAAGCACAUUUCCUGUAAGCAUGCUGAAAGCGUGGAAACAGAAGGAAAUGGCGAGGACCUGCGCCUUUUCCAUUCUUUUGAAGAAUUACUCCUUGAGGCCCAUGGUGACUAUGGAUUAAGAAAUGACUAUCACAUGAAUCUGGGCCAGUUCUUAGAAUUUCUUAAGAAGCACAAAAGUGAGCAUGUUUUUCAGAUACUAUUUGGUAUUGAAAGCAAAAGUUCAGACUCAUAAAAAGCUAUUAAGAGGACUAUGUUUGUAAUUUCACUAAGUCAGUAUUUCUGUUAAUAAGACCAAAAUAAAAAGGCUAGUGGCUGUGUACCAUCCUCAGUGCAAAACCUAGCUCCAGAAUUUUCACCUGGUAAUGAAUUUCAACUGACAGUGAAAUGAACAGGUCUUGAAACUUGAUAACAGUGCAAUUGUGAUGUUAUCUCUAGGUUGUGUUAAGUCAUUCAGAAACUAUUUCAUUAUAAAUUAAUAAAAACAAUCCAUUUAACCUGUGAAGCUGAUUUGAUUGACGAGGAGUCCAAAGCCCAUAGCUGACAUCAAAAAUCAAACUCCAGUUAUGAAUCCAAUAAUAUGAAUAGCAUUUCUGUUUCACAUUGCUAGCACACAUGUGACACACCCACUUGUCUUUCAUUAUUGGAAAUCAAGUUUAAAAUGAGAACAGAAAGGAAGGACAGAUUUACUUCAUUUCUUACUUUAAACUCCUAUUUCGAGUGUUUCAGUAAAACUAGAUCCUAACAGCAGUGGCAAAGGACUCAGAAAUGAAGUCCCAGGAGUUAUAAAGAUGACACACAAUGCUAUGUAUUCUUCUGGCUGUUUGUAUCAGUUAAUGACACUAGCAACGUCAAUACCAGUAUUCUUAGCUUAAUUCUUAUACACAAAAGAUAAAUACAUGGUUCUUUGUCUACAGAGUAUUCCUUUCUCAAUCCAGUCUUUGCCUGUGUGCCAGUAUGCAUUACUAUACAGGAUAAGAGAGUGUUGAGGGGACCAGUGUGGAUGUCUGUAUCAUUGCCUUAUGGGGAAAAAAAUCUAAUUCUACAGUUAGGUGGUGUUAACUGCCAUCUCCUCUGAAAAUUCCAAGCUCCACAGGCUUCACCAGGCUUUUCAAAAUGACAGUUUAUUUUAAUGAUAAAAACCCCUAUUUAAGUAGCUCUUACCAAGCCUUUUCAUUACCAGGUAUCCAUCCCUCCCCAAGUAUUUCUGUGAGUCUCCUGUGCUAAGAGAUGUCCUGAGCGGCCUCCACAGCUUUCCCCAUUUCUGUGGUCUCUGUAGGUACUGGUGCCCUUUCCCAGGAGGCAUUCCAUUCUCCUAAGUCCCCUCAAGAUGCCAAAGCUGGGUGCUGGGAUUUAGGAAGAUGCAGGGCAACACCUCACUCUCCAUCCUGUGACACAUCCUGUUAGAUGUCAGAUAGUGCUGCUUGUGCUGGGGAGCCUACAGAACUCCUGAUGAAACUACCUUCUGGUUUUACCCUCUGUGCCGUGGAUGCAGACAUGUCCUUGGGCUACAGAGAGGACAUGAUGGACCAGAAAGCCCUAUGCCCAGGAGGUCUUAGAACUGGGUCCACUUUGUACUGCCUCUUUCUUCUUAGGUCACAAUGAGUUUCCUCUCAGGGCACAACUCAGAUCUUCAAGCCAUGGCUCACUGUGAGCCAGUCCUGCCCUGCCAGGUCCUUCAUCUUGCCAUUCAUGUUUCCAUCCUAACCUUGGUUGUGCUGAACUCAGGCUGGAGCCUCACACUUUGCCUAUAUGCAAACAGAAGAAAUAGGACUUACAUUGCCAAAGAAUUAUUUCUUAAUGUUUGCCAGAACUAAAAACAAAGUAUAGGAAUCUUUUUUCCCACAGUCUCUGCAAAACUAUCAAUAAGUAUACUUAGCAUUUACAAGUUUUUAGGCCUUCAACAGAUGUAACUCCAUUAACUUUAUUCCUUUGAAAUGAAUCAUUAUAUGCCAUCUACCUACCUAAUAGAGGCUUUUUUCCAGAUUACAUGAGCAAAAUUAGCUACAGAAAGAUAAGUGUAAAGUAAAAGAAAUUCUAGGUUAUUAACUCUACUGCUUCUGGAGCUAUUUCUGAGAUUUUUCAGAACCUACUUUUAUAGGCCUAAUUCCUAUCAGGAAUACUAAUGCAGAUAGUAUUAUGGGGAAGUGUAGGUUUUAUAGAAAAAAAGUACAUGUCUAAUUCAAAACUCAACUUUGUAUGUAUAGGAGACCUGCUGGUUGUUGGCACAGCCUGAUAUGAGCACAUACAAAAUGUCUGGCAUUCCCCUCCCCCCUUCCCCUACACACACUGGUUAUUUUGGGGAAGUGCCCCUUCUCUGUGUGAUUUGGGAGAAAGUGAUAGGAAUCAAGUUGUCCUCUGGCAGCCUCCUGGAGAGAUGGCUGUGAACUCUUGCUGCUGAAGCCUCUAGUGCCACCCUAAUUUCUGGCCUACUACUGAAUGCUCAGCUGUUCGGCACCUCCUUUAAACGACCCAGCAUCUUCCCUUUCGUUGUUGGAAAUCAGCAUUGGUCUCUACUGCUUGUAACUUACGAAUUGGGAUAUACUAUAUAUUAUAUUUUUAAAUGGUUGUUUGGAAAAUGUGCUCAUUUAUAAAAAAAAGUUGCGAUGUCUUUUUUUUAAAGUUUGCUGAAUUAAAUCAAGCAUAUUGUCAAGUA